GAGCCAUAGCAGCGAGGGAAGCAACAAAACCAAAUAAGCCAAAAGGAAUCGUAAUAUCAGCAUUAUCAGCAAGCAAAAUACUGCUCUGAAUCCUCUCAGUGUCCAUAAACUCACGAAAAAUUUGUAGUUUAAUGUAAAAGUUAUCCUAAGUUGACCCAUGAGUUAAUGUAUGAACAAGUAAAGUGGUUUGGUGGUGAAUUUUAGUUGUUUUUUGUGUCAUUAAAGUAUAAUUAAUUACAUUUUGAGAAAAUUCCACGAAUCAAAAUGAGCUUACAUAAAGCAAGAAUUCAAGCUUUCCAAGAUGUUUUGGAUCAAGAUGUCAUAGACAUAGUGCAGUUACAAAAAUUAGCAUUUAAUGGGAUCCCAGAUGAAAAAGGUCUCCGUUCUAUUGUUUGGAAAAUACUUUUGCAGUAUGUUCCACAUGAAAAAGACAUAAGAGAAGCUACUUUGCAAAAAAAACGACAACUUUAUCAACAGUUUAUAGAUGAAAUCAUUGUGACGCCUGGUGGUCCAACAGACCACCCACUAAAUAUAAGUCCGGACAGCUCCUGGAGCACAUACUUUAAGGAUAAUGAGGUCCUUCUCCAAAUUGAUAAGGAUGUAAGAAGGUUGUGCCCAGAAAUAUCAUUCUUCCAGUCAGCAACAGAUUUUCCAUGUGAAAAGGUGGUAAACAGUAAUGGCAUGAAACGACUCCACAAACGUGUUGAGCAAUCGGUGCUAACGUAUGCAACCUUGGAGAGAAGGGGACUGGGUGUAUCUAAGCUGAGCAGCGAGAUCCGUCGUUCGGACAGUGCGUCAGGCGACUACGCGCCGUUGCACGAGGGUCGCGAGGCUCACUGGGAGGUGGUGGAACGACUGCUCUUCCUCUACGCUAAGCUCAACCCCGGCCAAGGAUACGUGCAAGGCAUGAACGAGAUCAUCGGCCCGAUCUACCACACCUUCGCCAGUGAUGCGGACAAAGAAAACAGACAACACGCGGAAGCCGAUUGCUUCUUCUGCUUCACGAACCUAAUGGCGGAGAUCCGGGACUUCUUCAUCCGGACGCUGGACGAGACUGAGAGCGGCAUCAACUACAUGAUGAGCAAGCUGAGCCAAUGCCUCCGGAAGAACGAUCCUGAUGUUUGGAACCAGCUGGAAACGCAGGAGCUGCGCCCGCAAUAUUACAGUUUUAGAUGGCUGACGUUGCUUCUCUCGCAAGAAUUCUCGCUGCCCGACGUCGAAAGAAUUUGGGACACUUUAUUUGCAGAUAACAACAGAUUCAGUUUCCUCAUAUACAUCUGCUGUGCCAUGAUAUUGUUAGUACGAGAUAACUUGCUGAACGGUGAUUUUGCUUCCAACGUGAAACUCCUACAGAACUUUCCACCAAUGGACGUGUCUCUAAUCUUAAACAAAGCCGUCGAUAUAUCUCAUGUAUAACAACCCCCCCACCGUUUUGUACAAAUAUUUUAUAUUCUUAUACGUUUUAUACAACGAAAUUUACAAAGCAUUUAUACACUUAUGAAUGUUUUUGGCAGUACCUUUCGAUGUUUCGUAGAUUUUUUGGAUAUUUAAGCUAUGUUUGUAUAUUGGAACUUAUGAUAGAAAGAUCUUAAGGCUAUAAUGUAUUUUACUACUUAUAAAAUUUCUGAUAAGUAACGUGCUUUAAAUGACAAUAUGAGAUAUUGCAUAAUACGUAUUUUGUUAUAACCAUCACAAUAUUUAAUGCCAUAUCAUUUUGAACCGUAAUUUAUUUUGGAAAAGUGACAAAAUUAUUUCUGGUCGAGUUGAAAGUUAAUGAAAACCAACCAUAGACGUAAUUUUCUAGGUUAUUAAAUGUGCAAUUUAGCAUUAGACAAAUCUACGUUAUAUUUUUUUUUAUUCAACAGGUACGUAAUAAAUUACGUAAAUGUUACGUGGGUACACACAUUGUACGUUUUAAUAAAAAUAUUUACUUAGGUACUCUCCAUUUCAUAAUCAUCAUGAAAACAUUUUUAACAAAAAAUGAAAAAUCUUUAUUGUUUAUGUUCGCUUAAACCCGACUGAUUGCAGCUUCCCUUUUUUUAAGCGAAGUAUUUCUUUCAAAAUGUAUUUUCCAUAGACCAACAUAAUACAUUUAAACACUACUUUUAACGAUGUACCAGUUUUAUUUAACUAUGCGCAUUUAGUUACCUAAUAUAGUAAGUAAAGUACAACAAGUAAAUGAUAAUUCGGCGAAAGAUACACGACAAUUUGUAUGAAGUACAGGGAUAUGCCACUUUUUAAACAAUAAAAAGGACAUAGUUUAUUAACGUAAUUAAUUAAUAUUUUUCUCGAAUGUAAAAUAGUUAUAAUAUUAUAAUCUAAUCGAAAAUUAAUUACAAAAAAGGUCUCGGUAAUAUGCACUCGAUGCAAUAAUUUAUCACGAGUGUUUUAGUUUUUAGGAUGAUACAAUUUUGAUAAACUUUCGUGCAAUUCGUUCGCAAUUAUGUGUGCUUAUUUAUUUAGGUGUUUCGUUAUACUUACCUUGCUAUAGUGCACUAGAUUUAUCUAAUAGAAAUUAACAAUUUCAUUAAAAUUUCUACGUUUUAUAUGAAAAUGAUUUGUAAUUACAUAAUCAAUUGUCGACUGAUUUUUAAUAUUUUUACAAUUAUUAAUAAAUAAUUGUUUAGGUUAUUAUUCAUAUGUAAAUAUUUAGUAUUUUUUAAAUAAGAUACGUACCUACAUUGAUUAAAACAGCAAAUUGACACAGCGAAGGUACUUAUUUCGAGAAUGCUGUCAACGAUUUUGAUAAUCAUGUUUAUUUUUAUGCAAAAAGUUAUUAUUUUACUUACUUAUAGAAAUAUUAGUUAUUUUAAGUAGAUUAUGUAACUCGAACUUUUAGUGCGGCGAGGUGACGUCGUUUUGCAUACAGGGUGAUGUUUCACGAUUUUAUGAGACUUCAGACAACCUCGAACGCCUAAAUGAUGGUAUAACGGUAUAACUAUACGAAUAUUCCGCUGUUAUCUCCCAUUCACAGGUUAAUCGUUAAUUUGACUGCAUUAUAUUAUUUGAACUAGAAGUUCGAGCCAUUGAAGUUCAAUACUGUUAAUUAUUAUAUUUUUUUAACCGUUAUACUCUUAAUAAUAAACUAGCAACCGCCCACGACUUCGUACGCGUUGACCCCGUUUUACCCCUUAUGGGUGGAAUUUUGUAAUCGUUCAUUAUAGAUAGCAAGGUUUUUAUAUAAAUUCUUCACAAAUCUAUUCUGCAGUUAAAACUUUUAUGAUGAAUCGGCUCUUAGAAUCAAUAAAAUAUUAUAAAGUAAGCGGACAGUUAAGAUAAUGAUGACUGAUCCUGGAAUUUUUUAUACUUAGGUAUUAAAUAUUAUUAAAAUUAUUAAGUUACCUCCACAUUUUUCAUUUGUUAGCCGUGUGAAUACCCCUAGGUUAUGUUUUUUAAUAAACAUUGUAAUAAACUA